CAACGUUGCACGAGAGAUAGCAGGUGUAGAGGCACACCGUCGAGUGGCUACAACCGGUUUGUUGAGUUUGUUGGAAAACAGCCAAUAAAAAAGUUAGUGGGUGAGGUAAUAAUAAUAUUUAUUAUCCGUGAAAUUGGCCGUGAAUAAAAUAAUCUGUAAAAAAAUAACAAUCAAGUACAGCGGCGAUUGCGCAGACCUGUGCGACGGCGGUCCAAGUGCGGACUUCACUCGUUAAGCGCGCUCGUCCCUUAGACUCAUAAUAUUGCCCGCCGGACUUGUAUGGGAACCAUGGAAGAAUGGAAAAAGAUCACACUGAUGACCACCGUGUUGGCGUUCCUUCUGGAGAUAAGACCACUGGACCCGUUCUUGACGGCGUACCUGACCGGACCGGACGUCAACGUACCCCUGGACGAAGUGGCAGAAGUCCUGACGCCCAUAAGAGUAUACAUGGGAAUCGUCGGCACGGCGUUGUGUUUCUUGUUCGCCGACUACGUUUUGUACAAACCCGUUUUGAUCGUUGACGGAUUGGUGGGAAUAGUGAUGUACUACAAUUUCAUCGGUUCGCCCAGCAAGUUGCAGCUGUGGGUUUCCAUGGCUUUGCUGUCCAUCUAUGUUUGCGCCGAGUUGACUUGUCUGAGUUAUGUGUACGUGAAAAUCCAAGACAAACUCAAGUACCAGACGGCCACGGGUUUCAUCAGGUCUGGCACUUUGUGCGGCACGGCCUUGUCGGGUCUGAUCGGCCAAGUGUUGGUGUACUUCAGCGGUGGACGCUACACGAUUCUGCCUUACAUAAGCCUAGUUGGCGUAUCAUUAGCCUUCGUGUGGGCUUGGUUUCUCCCAGCUGUGAAGUACAGCUCCUUUUUGCAAAACGUACUGGAACAACCCAUUGAUCCGGUUUCAUCGAAGACCGCCCUUGACGACGGCAGAACGCCCAAAUACGUGGACUCGACGAUUGCCAAUCAAGUGAAACACAAUGAACCUGAGCAAAUUCCCACUCGAAUAAAACUGUUCAACCGUCUCCUCGAGGACUUGUCGUUAUCGUUGUCCGACCAGACUGUACUGAAAUGGUCGUUUUGGAACACCUUGGCUUUAACCGGAUUCAUGCAGGUCGCAGUGAACAUAAACGUUUUGUAUACGUACAACGAAGACACCACCGGAGACUACAGGACAUUGUUAAACGGAAUGGUGGAGUUUGUCAAGACUCUUUCUGGAGCUUUUUGUACCUACAAAAUCGGUUUUGUCAACGUCGACUGGGACCUUUACGGCGACUACUUUUUGGGAUGCGGUUCAUUGGUCCUCGGAGUACUCAUGGGACUUUGCAACUUUAUUCAUAACAACUACUACGUGUACAUCAUGUACAUUUGCUACGGCGUGCUGUUCCAAUCCAUGGUCGUUAUAGCCCAGUCCCAAAUAGCUAAAAACUUGAAGGACGAUUGCUACGCUUUAGUGUUGGGCUUCAGUGCGUUUGUGGCCAUUUGUAUUGGCACUGUAUUCACUAUGUUCGUCGUCUCUAUGAACGUUUUCAAUACAACCGUUGCCCAACAGUUUUUGUUCUACGGUGCUCUGUACGAAUUUCUCGGUGUCGUUUACUUGUGGAAUAAUUUUUCCAACGGGAAAACCGUGUUUCGGGGAUGGUGCUGUGCCAAGAGCUAUGAGGAUCUCUGAAAAAGUAUAUUAGAAAAAUUGUUUUUUUUAUUUAUUUUUAAGUAGUUGUAAUUAAACGAUGUGUAUAAAAAAAAUUGUAAUCAACGAGUAAAAUGUUAUGUUUUGCACCAACAAU